AUGUUAUCAUUGCAAAAUCUACGAGACGUUCAAAUACCAUCCAAUAUAAGAGUACCUAAUGACAAAGAAACUCAAACGCAAAUAUGCACCAAUGUAUUAGAGGGCCUACAACAAACGUCAAUCAAACAAACAAACAGAAAAACUAACGACCAAAACAUGGACGCAUAUAGUGAGUACUACAACUUCUUACUAAACCACUUCUCCCCAACCCCAACCACAACCGAAAACAACGGCCCAAUAAAAGAACAAGCAUCACAAACCAAAAAACAUGCCCGCGAAGUUGUACCACAGCUGCCGUAUCCUUUUGUCUUCACAACCUACAAAGAAUACAUACCAGCACACGAACUAGCGAUAAUCAAAAAAACAGCACUUGUAUGUGUGAUUAACGAACAAUAUAACUACCUCCAAGAACUUAGACGUCGUAAAGAAAAUGACCCCCUAUUCCAAUUCCUCAAAUCCAGUCACUCUCUCAACGAAACCUUCACUGCAUUCAUUAAUCAGUAUAAACAGCUCAAAAGCGGAGAAUAUGGCUUACAAACAAAGCUUGGUAGUGAUUAUAAAUACACAGUAAUAAAAAGGGCCUAUCAACGAUCUCAACAUAACGAAUAUUCGAAAAUAAUACGAAAUGAGCAAAAAAGUAUACUUGAAAAGAUGAAAAUUAAGUUUGCAGCAACAGAUUGGAAAACACACCACCUAAUGGGGACAUUUACAAUCGAAGAUUCGGAUUACACAAAACCAAUCCCUACACCUCUCAAUUUCGAUAAAAUACUACGAACCCCAAUAACGAAAUCGUUUGAUGAUCUCUUCAAUAAUGGCUCCGAAGAAAAACAAAAACCAAAAAAAAAGAAGAACAUAAAAAUUAAAUCUGCUGGAGAAACAAGAUUAAAACGCUCUAACGAAUCCACCAACACUAGCAACCUCAUAAGAUGCCCCAUAACCAACAAACUAAUACCAGAGGACAAAUUCGAACGGCAUAUACAAAUUCUACUCACAGACCCUGCCUACAAACAAGAAAAAGAAAAAUAUAAGGCAACACAUAAAUUAACCAACCUCACGUAUGAGAACGUGUAUCACAAUAUUAAAAGAGUGUUGAAUUUGCAGCCAUCCGAUACCAAGACAGAAUCAAAGAAACAACGCACACAAUAG